AAACAUGCAAUAGAAGAAAUUGCAUCAAAGCUAACGCAGAUAAAUAUGAGGCUUUGCUUAGUUUCAGAUACAGAGAAAACUCAAGACGAUUGAAUAGCGGACGUCAAGAACUUCCCAGAAAAUUAAGUAUAAAACUGCGCGUACAAAAAACUAACAUAUAAAAUUUAAAAUAAAAGUUAUAAUAUUUUAGUUACGAAAUGUUUUUUGUGGGAUUAAUAUUACUCACUAUUUUGCAACUGAACUUUACCAAACAAGUCACGGCGUUUGGCCACAACUUAGAUGAUCUUGUAUCGAAGGCUAAUAUCUACUAUCAACAAGCUGCCAGCUCUGCUGGGAUCAGUGAGCUCCAACUUAACGAAGUGGAAAACUUCCCAUCGAAAGAUGACAUUAAACUAAUUAUUCACGGCUUCACAAGUAGUCGAUUUCAUUUCUCCAUUACGCCGCUCAGAAAUGCUUAUUUCGCUAAAGGUAAGGAUAAUGUGUUACUUGCUGACUGGUCAGACGCCGCUGCUUUGGAUUAUCCCACCUCCCGUAAAGCCAUUGGACAGGUGGCGAAGCAUUUUGCCAAACAAUUGAAAGAAUUUCUUGACAAGCAUGAGAUCAAUUCGGCUGACGUUCACAUCAUCGGCCAUAGUUUAGGUGCUCACAUUGCUGGCAAUAUUGGAGACUUUUUCAAUGGCAGCCUUGGUCGUGUGACCGGUUUGGAUCCAGCCCUACCACUCUUUACUGCACUCUCCAGCGACAGUUUACAUGCCACAGCGGCAAAAUUCGUCGAUAUCAUACAUACUGAUUUUCCCGUAUUUGGUGACGGAACUCCGCGUGGUGAUGUCGAUUUCUAUCCGAAUUUCGGCACUGCACCACAGCCUGGCUGCGCUGACAUGGAUGUACUCUUGAUCGCUAAACAAUUGUUAUUUGAACAGUAUAGCUGUAGCCACAAUCGUGCCGUAUUCCUCUACGCCGAAUCUAUUGGACAACCGAAGAGUUUCCCCGCGAUCUCCUGUACUUUGAAUGGCAUAAAAAUGUUAAAUGUGAACAAUUGUCGCAAGAAAGUGAAAACUGUUGCCUUAAGAGGAGAAAUGGACGAGAGUGAGGUGGUUUUUAUGGGCGAAGAGGUAUCGAGAAGUGCAUCCGGUUUCUAUUAUCUGCCAACGUAUGAUGCACCACCCUAUGGGAUGGGUCUAAAUACAAAAUUCUAACUGCAGAUGUCGCCAGCGUACUUUGUGUGUGCCUUUGCUAAAUAAGAUAUCUAAGUGUGUAAUUCAGUUUUGCAUUUUACAGAAUGACUCAGAUAAUCGCUAUUUAAAAGACGCAAAUACAAUUAUUUAAAAUGUUGAUCUAUUUCGUAGUUACCCUGUACGAAAUGUGCAAUACAGUAAUGGCGUUUUGCCAGUAGUAAACAACACGAACAAGAAUUUGAGGUAUAUGUAGCUUUGUACUAAAUUUAAGUAUUAAGAGUAAUGGUUUAUUUAAACAAAUAUUAGCAUUUAUUAACGCGACAGUAAUGUCGAUAUGUAUAAGCAGAGAUUUAUUCUAAGAAUGUUGUAAGAAUAUUUAAUUAGCGAAGGUAUUGUAUACAUUAAAAAAAUAAUAUUAUUUGAUAAUUAUUAAAAAACAGGUUUCCAGUAAAAUAUAGCAAA